GAGUCAUCAGUGUCGGACACGUAGUGGGAACGAGCAGGUCCCGAUGCACAAGUCACGGCAACCCUCGGUGGAGAUGAAGGCGGACUCCGACUGGCUCUGAUUUUUAAAAGCCCUUUUCAUUCAGGAGGUUGGUUGCCAAUGGUUAUCAAUAUGGCAGAGCCGUUAUCCCAAGCACCCACCGCUGCAAAAAUGGCGUCACUUAACCGGGUCCGAGCUUUGGCGAUGAUUUUCUUAACUGUCACUGGCUGUUGUGUCACCCCGACAAGUGGCAAGGAAGGGUCCGAGGAGACCGUCAUCAUAGGGCUCCGACUGGAGGACACGGACGACAUUUCCUUCAUGGAUAAGGGCUACCUGCGGGUGAGUGAGCGGUCUCGGGUGAAAUUAAGGGUGUACGGGCAGAACAUCAACAACGAGACCUGGUCCAAAAUUGCUUUCACGGAACACGAGCGGAGCCGGACGGUAGGGAGCCUUGACAGCUCCUCGGGGGAUAACCAGAGCCAGGAGGACUCGUCCGGCUUGCAUCCCUGCGGUAUUAGGACUUCGGAUAUAAUUAUAUUGCCCAACAUCAUCCUGAAUCGAAAGACGUCCGGAAUAGUUGAAAUCGAGGUCAAACCUCUGCGAAAGACGGAGAGGAGUAAAGCGUAUUACCUUUGCAUCGCCACCACGACGCCGGCCGUGCCCGGGAUGCACGACCCGUGGACGGAGAACACCUGGAUCUACCACGAUGGGGAUGACACCAAAGUGAUAGUGGUGGAGGAGAAAAAGUUUCUGCUGCCUUUCUGGCUCCAGGUCAUCUUCAUCUCCAUGUUGCUCUGCCUGUCGGGCAUGUUCAGCGGCUUGAACCUGGGGCUCAUGGCUCUGGACCCCAUGGAGCUCCAGAUAGUCCAGAACUGCGGCACGGAGAAGGAGAAGAAUUAUGCCAAAAAAAUCGAGCCGGUGAGGAGCCAAGGGAAUUACUUGCUUUGCUCGCUUCUGCUCGGGAACGUGUUGGUGAACACCACGCUGACCAUCCUGCUGGAUGACAUCGCCGGCUCGGGGUUGAUCGCGGUGGUCAUGUCCACCAUUGGAAUAGUGAUUUUUGGAGAAAUCGUGCCCCAAGCCAUCUGCUCCAGACACGGCCUCGCUGUGGGCGCCAACACCAUAUUCCUCACCAAGUUCUUCAUGCUGCUCACCUUCCCCGCUUCCUACCCGGUGAGCAAGCUGCUGGACUACCUUCUGGGCCAGGAGAUCGGGACCGUGUACAACCGGGAGAAGCUUCUGGAGAUGCUGCGCGUCACGGACCCCUACAACGACCUGGUGAAGGAGGAGCUGAACAUCAUCCAGGGCGCGCUGGAGCUCAGGACUAAGACCGUGGAGGACGUGAUGACCCCCCUGAGAGAUUGCUUCAUGAUCCCCGGGGAUGCCACCCUCGACUUUAACACCAUGUCCGAGAUCAUGAAGAGCGGCUACACGCGCAUCCCGGUCUACGAGGGCGAGAGGUCCAACAUAGUGGAUCUGCUGUUUGUCAAGGACCUGGCGUUCGUGGACGUUGGACCCGGUAUUGAUUUCACCCCGCUCAAAUCCAUCACAAGUUAUUACAGCCACUCGUUGCAUUUUGUGUUCAAUGACAUCCAAGCUACGCAAUGCUUGGAGGAGUUUAAAAAAGGAAAGUCCCACCUGGCCAUAGUUCAGAGGGUGAACAAUGAGGGCGAGGGAGACCCUUUCUACGAGGUUCUGGGUAUUGUCACCCUGGAGGACGUUAUUGAAGAAAUCAUCAAGUCAGAGAUCCUGGACGAGACAGACUUGUACACUGACAACAAGACAAAGAAGAAAAUCACCCAUCGGGAAAGGAAGCAGGAUUUCUCGGCCUUCAAGCCUACCGACAAUGAAAUGAAGGUUAAAAUAUCACCUCAGCUUCUGCUGGCUACCCUGCGUUUCCUAGCAACAGAGGUCGAGCCGUUUGCACCGGUACAAAUGUCAGAAAAGAUUCUGCUGCGCUUGUUGAAGCACCCCAACGUCAUCCAGGAGCUGAAAUACGAUGAGAAGAACAAGCGAGCAGCAGAGCACUACCUCUUCCACAGGAACAAGCCCGUGGAUUAUUUCAUCCUCAUACUGCAGGGGAAAGUGGAGGUGGAGGCAGGAAAAGAGGGGAUGAAGUUUGAAGCGGGGCCGUUCUCCUUCUAUGGGAUGAUGGCUCUGACAGCCUCGCCAGUCCCUCUGUCCCUGUCUCGUACAUUUGUGGUCAGUAGGGCUGAAUCACUAGCAGGAUCUCCAGAAAAUAAAUCUCCUCCACGGCCGUUUGGACUCAACCACUCAGACUCUCUGAACAGGAGUGAUCGUAUUGACGCCAUCACCCCGACUCUCGGCAGCAGCAACAACCAGCUCAACUCCUUCCUGCAGAUCUACGUACCUGACUACUCAGUCAGAGCCCGUUCAGACCUGCAGUUUAUAAAGGUAACACGCCAACAGUACCAGAAUGCCGUAAUGGCGUCACGGAUGGACAAAACGCCCCAAUCGACAGACAGUGAGUUCACUAAGAUCGAGCUCACGCUGACGGAGCUCCAUGACGGAGUGGAGACCCCCACCGUCGUCACAACUACAGCCAGCACCACUAGCACCACCCCCGCCGUGUCUGUAGUCGUGGCCAAUGAGACGUCCCACCUGCUCAACCAGCAGCAGAACUGUGUGGGCCUCAGCAGGAGCAACCACAGCGCCCACAACGAGGGACCCAUCUAGUCCCCGCCGAGCUCGGUGGAGACCCAGAACCUCCACCCUGUCUCGUGGGCACACACGGUGGCGUAGAUGGAGGUGAGGGAAAGUGGGGAAGCGGAGGCGGGUGGAGUGACGGUUCUGCUCCAACCAGUAGCCCCCAGUCAGUCAGUCAGUCAGUGAGUCAGUGAGACCCUUUCAUGGAGGGGCAGUGGGGAAGACGGGUGCUGUGUCACCCUGAACACCCCCACCUGAACGCUGUCAGAAUCCCUGCUGUACUACACCCUCUUACAGAGGGUACACUCGGACAGUACCUGUGACUGAGCUUCUUUUUGGGACAAUCUGACACUUUCAUAGCGGUGACUUGGAAUAUCCUUCCCCACACACACACACA